AUGACGUCGCGUCUGAGACUCAUCCAUCCGAAUCGCCCCAACGGGGCUUUUCUCCCCAGCCGGUGCGUCGAACAGCUCAGCUUACUGACCACUGCGUCCCCUCGUGGCUGCGGCUGCGUUCUCUUCAUUCGCUCCUCUUCUUCUGAUGCUGCGGCGAUGGUACUUGAUGAUUCUUCUGUAACAAAAGAGAUUAUAGAUGAGAUCAGAACCGAUGUUUUAAAAAUGAAGAAAUCAAUCGGUGCGGUUCCUGGAUUAGCAGCAAUCCUUGUUGAGGAUAGUAGCAAGUUCUCCGAAUCUUAUACAUUUUAUGAGGCUACUUGUACAGUAGUACAAAUGAAAUCAUUCGAAGUUCGUCUAGCUCAAGAUUCCUCAGAAGAGGAGGUGUUGAAAUCUGUCUCACGUUUGAACGAUGAUCCUCGUGUCCAUGGAAUCGUUGUUCCCUCGCGUCCACUGCCAUCGAUAGAGCAUAUGGAUGAGAAGAUAGUGAAGUGCAGAGAAAGACGCUGA